CCAAAGGAUCGUAAGAAACUGAAGAAACUCUCAACAAGUUACUUCAAACACCACGACUUUGGCACUCUAGGUCUAAUACUUAAAACCCUUAGCUCCAUCACACAAGCUCAAGAUUUCCGUAUGAGAAAGGAAGAACGCAUCGCAGUAGCCAGUCCUGCUAGAGCGUAUGCACUCACAGAAAUCUUAAGGAAGCGAAUGAAUCGCAAAAAUCACAGCAUUUCUCUCCUCAUAGACAAAGGCAGGCUAUGCACUAACUCUGCAGACAUAUGUGAACUAUUCAACAAAACGUUUGCAGGUAACUACCUUAAGCCCUCAGUCCAGCUACUCGAUAUACACCCUAUUACUAAAAUGGCACCAACUCCACUGACACCAAACCAAAUUAGCACUGUUCAAUUCACUUACGCUGACAUUAACCAAACUAUAAGAACCCUCAAAAGUUCAAAAGGUUUCGGUACCGACGGUAUAUCAUCUUACUUCUAUAAAUAUGGUGGCCCUGACAUUCCUCUACUACUGCUUAAAAUAUUCACAAUGUCCCUAGAAACCCAAACUUACCCUGACAUAUGGAAGACUACAUUCAUUAUGCCUAAACACAAAUCUGGCUCGAAAACUGAAGUCAGUAACUACCGGCCAAUCAAUAUCACACCUAUAGCAUCUAGAAUCAUGGAGAGACUAGUCAAAAAUAACCUAAUCAAACACAUGCUUAGCUGCAACAUCAUAAGUCCGAACCAACAUGGAUUCCUGAAAUCCAGAUCAUGUUUAACAUGUCACCUAGACUUCUUCAAUUUUGUAACCAGCAGUCGUGACAGACGGCAACUAGUACUUGUCAUCUACUUUGACAUUUCUAAGGCAUUUGACCGUGUUGACCAUUUACUGCUAACAAAUAAACUGAACUCCUUAGGAAUACGUGACCCAUUAUUAGGAUGGCUUAAAUCAUUCCUUAACAAUAGGUCCCAAAUAGUUAAACUCGGGUCUGCAACCUCCAAACCUAGCCCUAUCACUUCUGGUGUAGUACAAGGUAGUGUCAUUGGACCCCUCCUAUUUACACUAUACAUCAAUGACAUAUGCGCUUGCUUCACGCACGGGAAACCAUUCAUCUUUGCAGAUGACCUAAAAGUAGCUUAUACAUUCCAACGUGAUGACUUAGGGAACUUCGAGAAUGUAGUACAGAAGGAAUUAGAUAAAAUGGCUGCUUGGUCGUCCCUAUGGAAUCUCCAAUUUAAUCUGAACAAAUGUGGCUGGAUCUGCUUCGGUGCACCCUCAAUCGACCUGAAAUUAACGCUCCAAUCUGCUAACCUAACAAGACUCCGAAAUGUCGUUGACCUAGGCCUGAGGUACUCUAGUGACUUGACAUUCUCAGAGCAAGUAGCAUCACAGACUAGAAAAUCGAGGAUGCUCUUAGGAUGCAUACUCAGGAACUUUCACGACAAUGAAGCCAAGCUAAUUCUGUACAAAACAUGUGUCAGACCACUACUAGAAUACUGUCCAUUUAUUAUAAGCAGCACUCGCACACGUGACAAGCUAAGGAUGGAAAGUAUCCAACGAUAUUUUACCUCAAAACUGCUUGGCUACGAUUGUAAGGAAGACUACAUCUCACGGUGCAUGAUCCUAAAACUCGACCCACUUUGGACAAGGCGACUUAUUAUAAACCUAAUAUUCUUCUUUAAGGUCCUUCACAAAAUAUCUUUCUCAGGUAACAGGGACAUACAAUUCGCACAGGAAGGUUCUUACGAUCUGCGUAACCAAACUUCCACAGUGACAACUCAUUCUUUUAAGUCAACACUCCGUGAAAACUUCUUCACAGUCAUGUAUUCUAAAAUAUGGAAUAGCCUACCCCUAGAUAUCAGAACUUGCUCUUCGGUUACAAGCUUCAAACGCUCUCUAUACAGACUGUUGCACUCUACAGAUUAUAUUAAUAAACUAUUUACUCCUAGAACGAAUCAAGCACUAAUCUACUACAGCACCUAAAAGACGCACUUCAACACCCUUAGCAAUCUUUAAACUAUAAAUAAACUAGCAGCAUGGAUGCAUAAAGACAUAGUACGGAACAUACAGGAUUAGUCUACCCUUAGAAAUAGGACCUAUCCCUCAUUGUAACCUUCAAACGCUUGCUAUGUAAACUGUUUUAUUCUAAAGACUAUCCCUACCAGAACCCAUUACUUAUUUCUAAAACGCAUCAGUCAUUAGAACAAUAAAAACGCUCAGACUAUUAAUACACAUUAUGACAUUAAAUAAACUCUAAGACUUCGCAUAAAUACGUGAAAACGCAGAUACAAUAUAGAAAAAUGUUUACUUAAGUAUAAUUAAGAUAAACAUUUAUAAAUGAAUCAUGUAUUAAUGUUCUUUUCAUGUUCACAUACUUUCUCUUUCUGGUAUUUUGCUGCUCCUAUUCAUCUUCUGGUCGAGGUCGAACAACCCUGCAUCUAAACUGAAAUGAGGAUUAAUUCCAAACCGUCUAUCUCAUAACCACUCAAAUUCCAUGAACGAUCCAAUUCUACCAUUUGAAGACGCUGGCGAACAUGCUGUAAAUGAGUAUUCAUGAUCUGAAAUGAAGAAGCAACUGGUUUUCAAACAGUUUUCAACGUUUUACUCAACUUACGAAUACAGUCCGCCAUGCAGACACAAAUGGAGCAAAUGGAGGAUUCUGGAAUCGACCUCGGCACCAUUUGAUGCAGUAAAACAACCCAACAUGACCUUAUUUAGUUUUCGUAUCCACGAUCAAAUUUCUUUCCUGUUAUGAAACUACGAUAAGAGUGCUGAAAAAAUGGAAUAAAUAUAUCACUGAUCUCAACAUAAUACAUCAAUAAUCUUUAAGCCAUGGGUGCUGCUCACAACAAAGUUAUAUAAGAGAAUUGACUUCAAGCUUUAUUUUUCCCAGAUAUCUGUAUUACAUUCAUCUGAUGUCUGGGUUUUUUGUUAAUGCGAAGACAAUAUUUCUAUAUCUCUUUAUGUGCUACACAAACAGACUUUAUAGCAGACUGUUCCUACUGACUCUAAUGUCAGAAAGAACAACCAAACUGUAAAUUCAUUAUACAUUAAAUUGUGUGUAAUUUAUAUAAUAACUUAUCCAUGCCUGUACAAUUGGUAUGUUCCUGCAUAAACAGGAAGAAAUAUAUAUAUAUCA